GGGACCAGCUUGAGCGACUUUAGUGGAGACACCGUGAAGCAGCUGCUGUAUUAAAUUGAGAAGGGGGAGAUCUCUACUCUCAGACAGCCGUUAAUUUAUUUGUUUGUGAUUCCUGGUUUGCUUUGACUACUACAAUUUCCUUCGAACAAUUAUGUCUUGCAGUCAGUGAGGAUCAACAACAGAUUGGCGAGAGAGGAAAUACUAUAUCAAGCUAGCUUUGGGUUUGUGGGUUGGUUGGUUGUCAGUGAGAGAUUUACGGGUUGGUUUGUUCGAUCACAGUGGAAGAGAACCGAACGCGAACGUAAUAACAUACGAUAUUUUCGUAGAUCUUGUGAGAGGAAACGUGUGAGGGUGGUUGUGGUUGAAUUGGAUAGCUAGCUUUCUUCUCUAAAAAGGUCUAGAUAGGUUUUUGUUUAUACAGAUCGUCGCGGAAUAUGGCUCAUGGACAUCAUCAUGUAGCCAGUUCCCAAAAAGCACUAAUGUUAGAGAUGAAAAGUCUUCAAGAGGAGCCAGUUGAAGGGUUCAGGAUAACUUUAGUGGACGAGUCGGACUUGUACAACUGGGAAGUUGCAAUAUUCGGACCCCCAAAUACGCACUAUGAGGGAGGUUAUUUUAAGGCUCGGAUCAAGUUCCCCAUCGACUAUCCCUACUCUCCUCCGGCCUUCCGCUUCCUCACCAAGAUGUGGCACCCCAACAUCUACGAGAACGGGGACGUGUGUAUCUCCAUCCUGCACCCCCCAGUGGACGACCCCCAGAGUGGAGAGCUGCCCUCUGAGAGGUGGAACCCUACACAGAAUGUCAGGACGAUCCUUCUGAGUGUCAUCUCUCUGCUCAACGAGCCUAACACAUCUUCCCCGGCCAACGUGGACGCCUCCGUCAUGUACCGAAAGUGGAGGGACAGCAAGGGCAAAGACAGAGAGUUCGCAGAGAUCAUCAGGAAACAGGUCCACGCCACCAAAGCGGAUGCUGAGCGGGAUGGUGUGAAGGUGCCAACCACCCUGGCAGAGUACUGCGUCCGCACCCGCGCCCCACCCCCCGACGAGGGCUCCAACCUCUUCUACGACGAUUACUAUGAAGAUGAGGACCUGGAGGACGAAGACGAGGAAGAUGGCGAGGACUGCUGCUACGACGAAGAUGACUCGGGAACCGAGGAGUCCUGACGACCGGCCUCCCCACCCCUUCCUCUCCCCCCUGUCCCCACACCUCCCUUAAACUGAACUCAUACUCCACCCUUCCUCUACACACCCUUACAGAACCCCCCACAGCAGUGCAGCCACACCUGCACGUUAAACUCAGAUGCGUUUAAAAGCUACAGAGUUAGUUUGUCCAUUUGUUUCUGGUGUUUUUAUUUUCCUGUCGGUCAGUGGAGUGUUAGAGAGAUAAUGCUAGCUCUACAAAUUAUUCACAUGGUUUGCUCUUCAUGGCAGCGUCCCUCAAUUCUCAAUUACCGCUUGUUUUUUAAAGUUUUGCGUAAGGACACUGUCUCCUGUAGAGUGUCUGUUUCCAGACACCACCACAUGCUUUUUCAUAAGUCCAACACCACAUGCUUUCAUCUCAUGUAAUUCCUCACCAGCCACCUCAACUGCUCAUUUAAAGAUGGGAGUGAGGGAUAGUGUCUCUGUUUUUUGGUGGUGGUUCAUUAUUGUAUUCAACUGUAGUGCAGGAAUGCGUUGCAGAGAGAAAAUGUUGGCAUUAAGUGAGUUAAACACCUCCCUCUGGCAAGUCUGUGCAACAGUGAUGGCCUCGCACAGCAGCCAUCUUGAAUUAGAUGAUUUGUUUAGAUUCCAUCCUCAGUCAGUCACUUCCCCAAACAUUUCAUAUGACUAGAAGUGCUCGCAACACAAGAAGCUCCAUCACACAGGAUUUGACACACUGACUAAAUACAAACUAUUUAACAGUAUUUACACAACCCCACAUUUAUGUUGCUUCAGUAGUGUGUAAAUGUUCAUUCAUCGUUACAACGUGACUAUUUGAAGCUAAGUUUUAGAGAUGAAAAGUGCAUUUCCCAACUGUAUCGAUGCUAGGGAUGUGGAUAGGGAGGUCAGUAGUAUAUUUUAGGAGUAGGUCAUACAGCCAUCCCACUAGCUUGUUGGGUGGUAUCAGGCUCGGCAUAGGGGUGUUGGGAAACACUGUCAUGAUUCCCAUACUCCAUUACAACCAAGUUGAGAAUGGGUCCAGGGAUCCCUUUUGGCUUCUUUUGAUGUAGUCUUUUACUUCAGACUUAAGGUGUUAGCAACUAUAUAUUUUUCCCUUACAUGGACUAAGUGCUCUGAUUCUCAACCUUUUGUUUUAAACACCAUGUCAUGGGGGUUAUUCAUUGGACUUAUCAGUACAUUUACCGCCAGUUUGUUUUCAAUACAGAAACAUUCAGGUAUUUUUUCCAAUAGAGAAAAACAGAUGAUUACUGAACACUCAUGUACUCUUUAUGUCGCAUUAACAUCUUGAGUAUGAAGCAUGUACACAUCAAUCCAAUCAUCAUUAAUUCUUACAACUAUUUUACAUUCACCAUAUAUGGCGGUUACGUUAUGUGAAUAACCCCCAUUUUGUUUUACUGUAAUGUUUGGGGAAAUUGGGAUUUCAUUUUGUGAAGCUGCCGAUUUAAUCAUGUAAUUUCCCUCGCAAUGUGCUACCUUCCUUACCAUCUAUACAGACUUUCUUUUUGGUGGCGGCAUCAGCGAGGGACCCCCGGCUGUUACCAAAAUUCCUCAGGAAAACAAAACCACAAACUUUUUCACAUCGGAGUGAAUCUGACCACAGUCUCUCUCUCUCUCUCUGUGUGUGUGUGUGUGUGGACAACUGUUCUCUGCAGCGCUGGUCCCCCCCAAACCUAUCACCUCUGCUUUAAAGACUGUUUAUAAUCUUUACCUUGAUAUUAAUAUGCACAUGUGGAUAUUUCGAAGAUAACUUUAUGUAUUUUUUUGUUUUGUUUGUAUUUUCUUUUCUAAUGUUUUGUACAUCUAUUUAAAACCUAAAUAAAGAUCUUUAUUAGAGUUUUGAGAUGUUUCUUAGAGCAGGAGUGAAUCAAUGUUUUCUAACAGAUGAGAGCUUAGUUAUCUGUCCUUUUUAUGGUCUAUGAAUAUAUUUUGAUUGACUAAUAAUCAUUGGAGAAGAUUCUGAACUGGCUGUUAUUCAUUAAUUCAUCCAUAUUUUGUGUUCUCAUUAGACGCUGUGGGAAUGUACGACUCAGGGAUAACUCUGAGGUAAGACUGUUCUUCCUCUACUCACUCUUCUUAUCCUGAGUGUUGAAUGUAGAGAAUGAAGCCAGUGGCUCAGUUAUGGAACCCUUGUGAUGUCAAAGGUCAGGUGACCCCAGAGUGGAUGAGGAAAGUUGAGAUCUGUACCCUGCAGUCACCCUGAGAGUUAGGGUGGUGGCAACUCUGUUAAUAAAUCAUUAAGAAUA